GAUGAUGUAGCACAAGUGGUCUUGCUCUGUAAUGCUGAAAGCUACCUGAAGACGUCAGAAUUUUGGUUGUUGGCAGCCAACAUGAAAUGGGUGACGAAAACAAAGCGCUGCGGUACAACGGGUAUCCACAAGCGCGGUACAAUGUGUCAAAAAAGCUUUUGUCCUCUGCCUCUCCCGCUUGCUAGCGUCCUGUAAGACACUAGAAUCAGCCGCCGAUUAACAAAACACAGUGCUUGUGCGAGAUCCUGCGAGAUCCAAAGAGCUCUUGCUUUGUCAACGCGCUACACACAAGUUUCGCGUGACGACAGGGGCGAAACGCAACUGUCGGGAGCAAUUGGGGGAGGCUGCAGUGCAAAAGCGCCUUGACGGGCGCGGGCGCGAACCAGAGUCGGGUUAUAGCUGGCGAUAGGGGUCUACUGGUCCUCCCAAGAAGCUGGGCUAAACCGUUGAAACUUGGACCAAUGGAGCCGCGCGGCCGACUGCGGCCCGAGGUCACGCAGCUCUGGUGCUGGGGCCCCGACGGCGCGACGACGACCGAGGAGCGACUGACGCUCGACGACGCCGCGGCCGUCCGCGACGCGCUGCGGAAGGAGGCCGGCGGCGACCGCGCGCCCUACCCGGCGUGGGUCUCGACGGCGUGGCAUGUAUUAAGGUGGGACGAGCCGUCGGCGCGGGUCUCCUGGGAGCUUGUGGGGUUGGCGCUCCAUCAGAGUGCGUCCGUGGACGCGCCGCUGCCCUGCGCGGCCCUCGCGGCCUUCGUGGGCACGCGCGCGGCGCUCGCGGCGUCGCGGGCGCCCGCGGUCGUCGAGGACGAGGCCCGCAUCCAAACGCGCGCGGCCGCCGAGGACGAGGCGCCCCACGCGAAGCGCGAGCGGCGCGCGGCCGCCGCGGUCCGCGCCACGGCCCCCGUCGCGGGCGCCUUGACCGAGACGCUCUUCGAGGACGUAUCUGAAGACGACGUCGUCAUUUCCAAGCGGUCAAGCGUCGUCGUCGUCGAUGAAAACCAAUGUUCGAUUCUCGUGGAGCGGUGCCGCGACUGCCGUGUCUACGUGCCGAAUCAUGUGCGCUGCGUGCGCGUCGUGGCCUGCGUCGACUGCUUGGUCUACGUCGGCGCGGCGCGCGUCGCGUCGCUGACGCACUGCGCGCGAUGCGUGCUGGCCGCGGCGGCGCACCGCGUCGUCGUCGACGCGUCGGCGGAGUCGGCGCCAGCGCACGAAUCAAAUUUUACGGCGCUUUUCGCGGUUCUCCCCGACUCACCGUUGAUUCGCGCGCAGGUCGACGCUGCGCCUCUUCACGCCGGCCGCGCCGCUCUGCGUCGGCGGGGCGCCGGCGGCACUCGAGCCGCUCGCCGCGGCCUACGACGGCCUUGCGCGUGACGCCGCGGCGGCGGGGCUGCUGCCGCCCCGCGCGCCGAACCGCUGGGACGCGCCGCUCGCCCUCGCCCCGGGGGCGCCGCGGCGCCGGCCGCUCGCGGCGCCCGCGCCGCCCGGCUCCUCGCCACGGAGACACGCGGCCGCGCUGCUGCGCCCGCCCGGGCGCGGGGCCGCCGAGCCGCCGCCGCUGCCGCUGCCUGCGGACCAUGUCGCAGCCCUGGACGCGCGCCACGCGCGGGCCGACCGCGCGCGCGCGGCGCUCGCCGGGGCCACGCGCCUCGGCCCCGACCGCGCCGCCGCGGUCGCGAUCUGUGUGGAAAUCAACCAGUGAGUUAGGUUGUGAUGGCCUGGAAACUUCACGCCAUCGAGCAGACGCAGCUACGGAGAAAAUAUCGCGUCGAUGGCGUGCGGUCACGGCGAUGAUGUCGCGUCGAUGGCCUGGAAACUUCACGCCAUCGAGCAGACGCAGCUACGGAGAAAAUUGCGUGGGGCGCCCGAAAUUUGAUUUCCACACAGGUCGCCGCCGCCGCGCGCGGGGCCUUCGCGACAUGGCUGGUCCGCGAGGGCGCCGAGCUCCGCGACGUCGUCGACCUCCUCCGGUUUCCGGCGCGGCCGGCCUAA